UAGCGAUAUGUAACUGGUACCAGCUGGCUAGAUAAGCAAUUCGGCUUGCCGGGAAGGGAAAGGGAGCAUCCCUCCCGGGGGGGGGGGAUGGAUGUGACUUCAUGCCUGUUCUUGUAAGGACACAGAGAAGUGAGCUCUGGGGCAAUUUUUGCGCUCCAGAGAAGACGGGUGGGAAGCGUUACGAGAGGAGGAGGAGGAGGGCGGUCAGGCUGCAGAAGCAGCCCGGCGCUGUGGGGCGCAGCCCGGCUCUGGGCUUUCCCGCUGUUGGAGGCGCGGCGGGCUGGAGGCGAUGGUGGCGGAGCGGCGGGAGCGGCGGCGGCGGUGCGGGGUGCCGCUGCUGCUGCUCGUCUACGUGGGCUAUUUGGGGCUGGGCGCCGGCGUGCUGCAGGCGCUGGAGCGGCCGGCCGAGGUGCAGGCGGCACAAGAUCUCCUCCAGCAGCACUGGGAGCUGCUGGCCAACCAUACCUGCCUGCGGGGACCGGCCCUGCAGCAGCUCAUCGAGACUCCCUUUCUACCUGGAGAACGAGGGCCGGCCGAGGGAACCGGGGCUCCUCAGCCUAGGGGAGAGGAGGCUGAGGGGAGACCUUAUCGCUGUCUACAGCUGCCUGAAAGGAGGUUGUAGAGAGGGUAUCAUCCAAGCCUACAAGGGUGGUAUAACCCUUCAGGGAAACACCACUAACCUGGGCAGAUGGGACUUCACUGGGUCUUUUUUCUUCUCCAUCUCUGCAGUAACAACCAUUGGCUAUGGGAACCUGAGCCCCAGCACUGUGGCUGGUCGAAUCUUCUGCAUCUUGUUUGCACUCUUUGGCAUCCCCUUGAACCUUGUGCUCCUGAACGAAAUUGGGCAGCUGAUGCUAUUGGGGGUUCAGCGUUGCGCUCAUCGCCUAGAGGAGGUGUUUCACUGGCAGAAAAAAGCUUCCUUCCUUGUUAAGACCUGUGCACUGGUAACUGGCUUGUUAUUGUUCCUCCUGCUACCUCCAUUGUUGUUCUCUGACAAAGAAGGCUGGUCUUAUGAAGAAGGCUUCUACUAUUCCUUCGUUACCCUCAGCACUAUAGGGUUUGGAGAUUAUGUGAUUGGGAUGAACCCCGACCGCACAUAUCCAGGCUGGUACAAGAAUGUAAUCUCUCUGUGGAUCCUCUUUGGGAUGGCAUGGCUAGCACUGGUUAUCAAAUUUUGCAUCAACUUUCUAGAGACCUCCAGUGACUUCUGUCAGUGCAACAAGAAGUGCACAGAGAUGGCAGAAGACUUAAUGGAUGGCAACAAAAAUAGUAUGACGGGACUUCACAAUGUGGAAAUCUGCAAUGAUAAAGACACAAAACCAAAAGGUCCGGAUGAAUCUCACACCUACACAGCUCCUACAGAGGCCCUCUAGGGAAGAAUCUGUUGUGGUUUAACCCUGGCCAGCAACUAAGCACAAUGCAGCCACUCACUCACCAACCUAACCUUCCACUGGAAUGGAGAAGAGAAUGGGGAAAAAAGUAAAACUCAUGGGUUGAGAUAAAGACAGUGAAAUAGGACAGCAAAAGGGAGUGAAUGUAAUAAUAACAGAAUAUGCAAAACAAGUGAUGCACAAUACAAUUGCUCACUGCCCAAUAACUGAUCGGCCUGUGUCUAAGCAGCAAUCAGAUCCCC